AUGGGCAAAACUAUCACUGCUUGCAAUUGGGUCGUUUCCCGGGUCACCGAGGAAGACUUGAACGAAUAUGUUCAGAUAGGUGUUGAUGCGGAGCAUCUCUCGACUACCCACAAUGACACUCCAUCACCACCGCAAGCACUGAGAGGACAGAUGACAAGAGCAUGUGCACGCAACAUCGAGAACAAGGUCACUUCUUUCCUCUCCGAGUUCCGUUUGGUUUCAGAUGAGAAUGAGAUUCUACCUCAAAGAGAUAAACGCGUUCUUAGGUACAUCGAAUAUCAUCGUGAGGAAGCAAGGAUGAAGACCCAAGCACCCACAGAACAAGAGAAGGAAGAAGAGGUCAAGAAGAACGAAGGAGAGAAGUCCCUGGCACCCCGGGUGCCCGGACGGGAGGACCCCGGGUGCCCGGACUCGAAGACGAGGGGAGGACCAAACCCCCUGGACACCUCGGGUGCCCGGCCACUACCUGGGCUACGCCCAGCUGGCCCCGGGUGCCCGGCCCCCUACUGGGCCUCGCAGCCCACCUCGGGUGCCCGGCCAACCGGCCCCGGGUGCCCGGCUAGCCACCUGGGCCGCGCCCAGCUCCACUCUGGGUGCCCGGGCCCUCAACCCCGGCUGCCCGGCCUGCAUCGCCCCAGCCACCUGCGGCCACCAUGGGUGCCCGGUCCUCCUACUCCCAGCGCUCCUGACCAGUCCGGGUGCCCGGCCGGUUUCACCCCGGGUGCCCGGACCCCACCGGAGCAGCCCGUGUGCUUUUUGACUUUUGGCCCUUGUACCCCUCUCUCCCUCUUGUCUCGUCCCUAA